UUCACUUUUAUCAGUAUAUUUCUUGAAUGGCAAUUCGUCAAAAGGGUGGCGGCCACUACAAACAGCAAAAAUCUGCCGCCAUCGCCGCCGAAACUCCCGAUUAUCGGAAAUCUCCACCAAAUCGCCACGCUCCCACACCAGUCCCUUCAAUCCAUGUCCAAAAAAUACGGCCCGUUAAUGCUUCUCCACUUUGGAAAUGUUCCGACGCUUAUCGUUUCAUCGGCGGACGCCGCCAGGGAAAUUAUGAAAACCUAUGAUGUCAUUUUCGUUGACAGGCCUGACUCUAGCGUUUCCAGCUUGAUUGACCCUUGCUCCUUUUGUACAAGAAGCUGUUUAUUUCAGCAAUACCACUCUUGAUACUGCCGGAAAUAAGCAAAAACGACGUUAUUCUAGGCCAAAGAUGCUCAACAGUGCAUAAAAACUGAGAGAACUUAAAAGAGUUUAGAAUUGCUUGGAGUGACUUGAUAAGAUUUUCUAACAGUGCAUUUCUGUCCAUAACAGGUACAAUCAUUCCAUGCUAUAAGGGAAGAAGAAACGGCCUUGAUGAUGGAAAAAAUUAAGGAAUCGUGUCUUUCUUCAUCGCCAUUGAAUAUGAGUGAUUUGUUUACGGCAAUCACAAACGACGUCGUUUGUAGGUCGGCUUUCGGUAGGAAAUACAGGGACGGGGCGACAGGGGAGAAAUUUCUGCAGCUGAUUACUGAAUUUUUGGGACUUUUGGGGACUAUCAGUGUUGGGGAAUUCAUUCCAUGGCUGGCGUGGAUUAAUCGUGUUAGUGGUUUCGAUGCCAGAGUAAAUUUUGCUGCUAAAGAACUAGAUGAGUUUCUUGAAGGAGUGAUUCAAGAACACUGGGAUAUGGAAAAUUCAAGCGGAAAGGAUGAAAGUAAAGAGAAUUUUGUAGAUAUUCUGCUUAAGAUUUACCAGGACAAUACCACUGGUGUAUCCAUUGAUAGAGAUGGUAUCAAAGCCAUAAUUUUGGAUGUGUUUGCUGCUGGAACUGAUACCACAUCCACAGUUCUAGAGUGGGCAAUGACAGAACUCUUAAGGCACCCAAUAGUCAUGAAAAAGUUGCAAAAUGAGGUGAGGGGAGUUCUCAAUGGCAAUCAUGACAUAACAGAUGCCGACUUGGAGAAAAUGCAUUAUUUGAAAGCUGUCCUGAAGGAAACUCUAAGAUUUCACACCCCAAUCCCACUGCUGGUUCCUCGGGAAGCAAGAGAAGAUGUCAAGGUAAUGGGCUAUGACAUUGCAGCAGGUACAAUGGUCAUGACCAAUGUAUGGGCCAUUGGCCAAGACCCUCUUUACUGGAAAGAACCACAGAAGUUUCAGCCGGAGAGAUUCUUAAAUUCAUCAAUAGAUUUUAAAGGACUCGAUUUCCAGUUGAUCCCGUUUGGGGCUGGUCGAAGGGGUUGUCCAGAAAUCUCAUUCGCAAUGGCAACUAACGAACUCAUUCUGGCAAAUAUUGUUCAGAAAUUUGACUGGGAAUUGCCUAAUGGAGCAAAGGGCGGAUAUUUGGAUAUGAGUGAACGCCCAGGUGUUUCAAUCCAUAGAAAAGUUCCUCUUUUUGCUGUUGCGACUCAAUGCUAUCUCUGAUCCAUAUGAGUUUCAUGCAGCGUGAUGGAAAUAACAGUUUCUACCAUAAACUAAACAUUCAUAAUUCUUUAUGCUUUUUACACAACCCCGCACGCACUCGCACAACAAAAUAAAUUGGGGAACCAUCGUUUUUAUGCUGGGAUUGUAUAUUUGUAUCUUAUCGUGAUGUAUUAUAGUUUACUUGAUUCUUCAAUUA